GUUAGGGCUUCAACCCCCCCCCUCGAAAUUUUCCAGGUUAAAAAAAACUGGUUUACUCAUGAAUUUUAACUGGUUAACCAAAUCCCCAUGCUAAGUCUAUGAGACACAAAAAAUUAAGAGUCCUUCCAGGCACUAUCUCAAGCAGAUAUUGACAGGUCUGAACCUGGGGGGCGGGUGGGUCAGGGGUUCAACCCCUCCCCGAAAUUUUCAAAACCCCUCCCGAAUUUUUUUUCUGGCUACAGCCCUGCUUCCACAUAUACAUAAACCUCCCUUAUCUAGUUUCCAAUAUACCUCACAACCUCUGAGGAUGCCGGCCAUAGAUGUGGGCGAAAGGUCAGGAGAGAAUGCUUUUGGAACAUGGCCACACAGCCCGAAAGACAUACAACAACCCCAUUAUAUAAAUGAUUUCAUGCAGCUCGGAAAACUCACAGCAACCCAGGAAGGAGACUUCAAGGUUAUGGACUGGUCCCAAGAUCCGGGCGGACGGGAGUUUGAAUCUAGCGGGAGGAGGAGCUCAGGUGCCUAAGCCUGGGUCCCACUUGCCAGCAGGGCAAAAGUGGCGCAAAAGGAGCUGAAGAAAAGUUCCCUUGAGAGCCAUGAUCCCGGGAGCAAGGAAUGUAACCCACUAUGCUGGUACUCAGGUUCCUCAAUGUGGUGGCUCCUGCCUACUUCCUGUGCAUCUCCAUCGUGACCUUUGGUCUCCAGCUUUUUCUUUUCAUCCCCAGCAUGUUCCAAGACCCUUCGGCCAACCCUCUCUUCUCCUCCGCUCUCCUGCACGGGGUCCUCUUCCUCUUCCUCUCGGCCAAUGCUCUGGGAAACUAUAUCCUUGUGAUACAGAACACCCCUGAGGACCUGAGGGCUCAGGAGGACCUGGGCUUGACCAAACUGGUGGCCCCUGAGUCAGAAGAGGGUGGGAAUGGACACCCUGGUUCAGUGUUACCUGGUACCCACUUCUGCAGACUGUGUGCCAGAGUCACCCAAAGGCAUGACCACCACUGUUUCUUCACAGGGAACUGCAUUGGGAGCAGGAACAUGCGGAACUUUGUCAUGUUCUGCUUGCACACCUCUUUGGCUUGCCUCGAUUCCAUGGUGGCCGGGGUGGCUUAUAUUUCUUCUGUGCUCUCCACCUCCUUUGCCAGCCCAAUGGCUUUUCUCACACUUCUGCCUAACUCCAUCAGCCAGUUCUUCUCAGGAGCUCUUCCCAGCUUGGAAAUGUUCGUCAUUCUCAUGCUUUACCUCUGGCUGGGGAUUGGACUUGCCUGCGCUGGCUUCUGUUGCCACCAAAUCCUGCUGAUCCUGCGGGGGCAAACCAGAUACCAGGUGCGGAAAGGGAUGGCGGCACGAGCCCGACCCUGGAAGAAGAACCUGGAGGAGGUCUUUGGGAAGAGGUGGCUGCUGGGACUUCUCAUCCCCAUGCUCAACGUUGGAAGUGACUAUCACAGGCAGAAAGAGAAGUGAGGCUUCACACACACCGGCGCAGACGGACAUGCACAUGGGUGCGUACAUAUAGGCACAUACACAAGUACACGCACACAUGCUCUUACUGUGCUGAAAUGCAGCCCUCUGGGUGGUUUGCUCUUUUCCCUCACUCCUCAAGCCUUGCUACCUAGAAAAAGAGAAGUAAAUCCCAAGUGUAACAAGGCUAAUUCUGUGGUCUAGUGGGGGAGAUGUGGUGAAUUGUCAUGUGAGAUACAGGGAAAAAAAUAUGGCACUGAAUUUGUGAGAUAGUGGAACUAGUGCUUCCAGGAUCUGAUUGUCAUGGCUUUUUGAUUGACAAGGUCAAUGACACCAUCUGCCACUACUGCAGGCUUCCUGCAGUGGGUGGAUUUUUCCAGAGACAAUCUUGUUUUGAACUAUCUCUGACAGAAUGCGAAAUGCCUGGGGUACCAUAGGCGUGAACAGGCAAUUAAGAUCCAUUUGCUCUACAAAAGAUCUGUUCCUGAUGAUUAUGAAUGCUGCCAGAUCUGGCAAGCUGGUAUAUGAAUCGAGAAGCUGCCUGCCUGUUUCUUUUGGGGGGGGGGGGGGGGAGGCGAGAGGAUUCUUUUUGCAGAUAUAAUUAUUAAUGCAUGUCUGCACUUCAAAAUGGCCCACUGCAGCACUGGCAGCCAUCAUUAGGAUGUUAAAUAUAGGCACCGGGUCUUUCUUUGGGCCUGUGGAUCAUUUUAGCACUAUAUUUCCCUCUUGUUCCUUCCUACCUCGUCUUUCCUGCUUAACAUGCAAAAGAAAUAGGAACAGCAGAACCUUCUGCCAUAUGAAAAAGUAGGCUGUGUUGUCAUGAAUAAGCUGUAAGCACAGCAUAGGUUCCUGUGGGAUUUGCCCAACAUGUGAGCCAAAGUUUUUUUUCCCUCCCCUUCCAGUAUUUAAAAACUGACCCCAAUAGAAAAAGAUACCAUUUUCAAAAGGCGAGUAUAAUGUGCAAGGUGUGUAUAGAAUGCAAGGUGCUAGAGAGGUAGGCAAUGGAGUUCAGAAAUUGAAAGCAUUUAAGUGUCCACUUCCCUGUCAGUUCUAUUCAUUCCAGAGUGAAGGAAUAGCAGUUCAUGUCAUGACUGCAUGGCGGGUCAGGAUACUAGGUUUGCAAGUUGGUCUUUUAUUAUUGGGGUGGCAGGAAGACUCAUUUUCUAACCCCCUCCUGCUACAUUUUGAAGCCAGUCUGGAUACAAAUACUAACAAAGAAGGUUAUGAGAGUGAAGCAUAAUGAUGCUCAAAGGUUCAAGGAAUGUACAGGGUAACUGCCUUUUUCCAGAAUGUUUGGACUACAACUCCCACCCUCCCCAGCAAAUAUAGAUUAGGAUAAUGGGAGAGUGUAGUCCCACCCAUCUCAGGGAAGGAGCAGGAUAGUGUCAGCUGAAACAGGCAGUGAUACUUGAAUUUAAGGGAAUCCACGUAUUUUCAGUUGUCUUUUGCAGUCGGGGGAAAUACAAAAACACAGAACUCCAUCUCUUGCCUGGAGAGUGCAGGAGGCAUCAUUUUGCCUGUGUCAGAAAGCAACCAAGAGAAACAGUCAGCUGAAUUAUUGAGUAGGAAAGGCUCUAAGUAGCAAGCCCUUGAAUGUCAGCCCCUAGAUUAGCACUUUACCAUAUGUAAUUCUUUCAUGAUUAAUAGGGUGAAGAGUUCAUACUGUACAUGGGAGAUAAGAGGCAUUUCAAGGAUCAAAACCCUGCAGUCUCAUUUUAAAAAGGAAGAAAGAAAGAUUUAUUUUAAUGGCCCCUGUGCAGAGAGCUCACUCUCACAAGAUACCCUAAUUUGUCUGGAUGAUGGCCUCUGAGGAACCCCCUAUUCAUAAGAAGAGCAUUCCCAAAUGGCUUCUCCAGAUAUGUUAGAUGAUGGGACUACACGCCCCAUCAUCCUCAGCUGGCAUGGACAGUGCCCAAGUAUGGGGAGGGUGUUAUCACCAAGGCCUCCAGAGGGCCGGUCUAGAACGUUGCUUCCAGUUAUGUAUUCCUUUAGUUCAAUGGAGGCCAUGAGCAGAGUCAGUCCAAGGACUGGUUGGGUCAGUGUAUCAGCUGAAAAAUAUUUUGGCACAAGAUGUAGCUCUCUGUGUGCCAGGAUUCUACAGUGAAAGGUGUCUUAUUCUGAAAGAAUGCGAGAUAAAUUGAGAGGGAGAGCAGGAGAGAGAGAGAAACAAGGAGAGAGACACACUGUCAUCCUGUUUCAGUUCAACAUCUUUUGUUCUAGAGCUAAUAGGGAUUUCUGCACAAACUUAAAAUCCACCCAUCCACCUUUUGGGUUGGGUACUUGCAUCAGCAAAAUUUAGAUCAAAGCACAUGAGCCAAUAUAUCAAACAAUGACAUUCGCCCACAAAAUGAGCAAGGAGAAACCAUAUGAAAACACACCUCACCUUUUCUGUAAUGCAGUUUGUUCAUUUGCCUGCUUGCUUGUUUAUUUAUAGCAUUACCCUUGAUCACCAACAAUAUGACAGGAAAACAUUAAAAACCAAGCAAUUAAAACAGCCCAAGUGGAAUAAAACUAUAAUACAUAUGAGCACCAUGAACUUAAAGCAUAAUAGAUGUUUACAACUCUUGAUUGUUUUAAUAGUUUUUAAUAUGUUCUAUUUCAGUGUUAUAGUUUAAUAUACUUUCAGGAAACUUUUCAACAUGUUCAGAUUGUUUAUUUUUUUAUUUAAAAAGGUUUAUAUUGAUUAUAUUAUGUACUGCUUUAAAAAUGUUUGGAUGGGAUAGAAAUAUUUAAACUAACAUACAAAUGCAGGUUGAACAUCCCUUCUCUGGAAUUCUGAAAUCCGAAAUACAGUAGAGUCUUACUUAUCCAACAUAAACAGGGUGGCAGAACAUUGGAUAAGCGAAAAUGUUGGAUAAUAAGGAGGGAUUAUUAAACAUCAAAUUAUGUUAUGAUUUUACACAUUAAGCACCAAAAACAUCAUGCUUUACAACAAAUGGAUAGAAAAAGCAGUUGAGUACACGAUAACGUUAUGUAAUAAUUACUGUAUUUAUGAAUUUAGCACCAAAAUUUUGCAAUUUAUUGAAAAAUUGACUACAAAAACAUUGACUACUAAAAGGCAAACUGCCUUUGAUAAUACAGAAUCUUGGAUAAGCAGAGCUUGGAUAAGUGAGACUCUACUGUACUCCAAAAUAUGAAAUUGUCCACCUGCAUGACUGAGUUUGUAACUGCUUUGUUUUCUGAUGGUUCAAUAUAAACAAACGUUUCAUGCACACAAUUACUGAAAAAAUAUUGCUUUAAGUAGCUUCAGGCUAUAUGUAUAAGGCAUACAUGAAACAUAAAUGAAUUUUGUAUUUAGAAUUGGGUUUCAUCUUUAAGAUAUUUCAUUAAGCACACACACACGCGCACACACAUCUAUAUAUAUAUAAAAGAGUGAUGGCAUCACGGCGACCCACAAAACAACAAAACUACAAGCCCCCCAACCUCGAAAUUUGACAACACAACCCAUCAUCCACGCCUCUAGGUUGAUACAACAAAAAGCAAAGAAAAAUAAAGUCCUAAUUAGAGGGAGAUAAAUAAUUGUUUUUAUCCAAUUGCUGCCACUUAGAAGGCUAAGCUCUGCCCACUCAGCCCAGUGUUAAUAAAAGAAUAAAAAUAAAAUAAAUACAAAUAAUACAAUAAAAAAUAAUAAAAAACACUAAAAAAUUAAUACAAUAAAAUACUAUAACAAAAUAACUAAAAAUAAUACAACAAAAUAAUAAAAUAUAAUAAAUAAAAAAGAUAAGUUACAAUAAAAUUAAUUUAAAAAAUACAAAUAAUGUCAAAUAAAAAUUCCACAACAACUUUUAACCAAUACCACCACCACUUUGCCACAGCAAUGCGUGGCCGGGCACAGCUAGUAACAUAUAUAUGAAUACAGGUACAUUUUUCAAAAUCCAAAGAUAAGAAUAAAAGCCUGAAAUCCAAAACUCUUCUGGUUCCAUGCAUUUCAAAUAAGGGAUACUUAACAUGUAAAUAAAAGCAAGAGUUGGGCCAUAGUCUAAGCAAGACAAGCAUCUUGUCCAAAAUGGCUGGGAGACAGAUGUUCCUAUACUAUUCCCUUGCUCAGAUUGCAAGCCUGAUGUUUCAGAGCCACAGGGGGAAAUUAAAAGAUCUCCUAUUGCUUCAAAGACAUAACGUUUUGCCACCAGAUGAGCCAACCUGAAGGGAGACUUUCACAAAAAAGGGCACCACCACCAAGAAAACUCUUUCCCCAGAAAUUGCUAUUAUAGUCAACCCUCCACAUUCUCUAGGAAAUUGUGAAAGUGGAAAUAGUGUGAAUUAAAAAAAAAUCUGUAUUGUUUUUUAACCUGAGAAAACAUGUCUGAAUGCAUCUCCAGGUCCUUCAGCACAAUAUACGACAUGCUGAAGAGAGUAGAGAUUACUGGAGAGGUUAUAUUAAUUAAAUCUGCACGUAAUCAAAUCUCUCAAAAUUAAACCUGCAAAUGGGGGGGGGGGCUAGUUGCUGUAAUGGGAUGGCAAAUCCACCACAUAUUAUAUUUUAAAGAAGCUAACUGAGGUGAUGGGCCUUAUUUGGAAAUAAGUUUAACCCUUAAUGUUCACUUUAAAACACAACGUGAACUCAUUUCUUCACUAACCUCUUAGCCAUUCUCCACUGCUGCCAUUUUUCUGGUCUCCAUCCAUUUCACUUUGGACUAUGGGGACCCCUGGAGGUGGCUUCCAAAGACGUCCAAAGGGAUGCCUGAUGUGAGAGGCACUCCUUUAAGGAUCCAAAUACCAAACUAUAUAGAAUUCGGAUUCAGUGUUCCCCCUGAUCUUGUCACCACAUUCCCAAUUGUCCUAUUUUUAUGAGAUGUCUGUGUGAGUCAGCACAAGGUGAGUUUGUUGUUCCUCUAAAGCAGGGGGCACUGGAUUUUUCUCCUUCCAUGGCAUUUUCAAUCUGUGUUAAUUGGCUGUGGCAACAUGUACUCAUAAUACAAAACAUAAUACCUUCUGAAGGGGUGUUUUGACCAUAAGAACAUUUUCAAGAAGUAAUUAUUGAUGGGCUAGAUUGCUGAUAGAGCACAUAGAAAGCUGGCCUUCAAUAUAAGACAACUACUUGCAUGAAAACAUCUUUAUGUAUUAUGCUGCAUUUCACAAACAGAUAACAAUAAAUGGUAUCAUUUUUUUAAAAAAUGCUUGGUUUCUUCCGCUGUGAUCUUUAACUCUUCCUUUGGAAAAGUGUGGUGGGGGCUGUAAUUACUUCAUAAAAGGACAUAGAAAAAUAAACCUUUUUAUUUUCCUGGGACUAGUUCUGCAAAGUGCAGUCACUGUGUGACUGAAAUGCUUUGCAUUUUGGAUGCCUAAAUAACUGAAUAAAAUAGGCAAUACAAACACCUAUGCAGAAUUGUGGACUAUAAUGCCUAGAAUUCUUUAGCAAGCAUGGCAACUGUUGUGAUACAGUUGUAUUUCCUGUCCAUUCUCUGGACAGGGGUUGAUAAAUUGCCAGUGCCAGGAGUAUCAAUCUAGGAAUAGGUCUUUCCAAACAAAGGAAGUUCUAUGAAGGCAUUCAUGGCUGGAAUCACUGGGUUGCUGUGAGUUUUUCGGGCUGUAUGGCUAUGUUCCAGAAACAUUCUCUCCUGACGUUUCGCCCACAUCUAUGACAGGCAUCCUCAGAGGUUGCUGGAAACUGGGCAAGUGGGGUUUAUAUAUCUGUGGAAUGUCCCGAGUUUGUUGUUCCUGGGAGAAAGAACUCUUGUCUGUUGGAGGCAUGUGUGAAUGUUGCAAUUGGCCACCUUGAUUAACAUUGAUUGGCCACAAUAAUUCUUUCUCCUACCCUGGACAUUCCACAGAUAUAUAAACUUCACUUGCCCAGUUUCCAACAGAGCUCACAACCUCUGAGGAUGCCUGCCAUAGAUGUGGGUGAAACGUCAGGAGAGAAUGAUUCUGGAACAUGGCCAUAUAACCAGGAAGACUCACAGCAACCCAAAGGAGGUUCUAUCCCAACCUUCCACAACAGGGUGCUCUCAAUAUUCAUUUGAUCAUAACUCCCAUUAUCCCUAACUAAAAUGGUGCUGGGGAUGGUGAAAGCUGUAGUUCAGCUAAUGUGGAGGGUAUCAAAUGGGGGAAAGACUGCAGCCUUUCCAAUUUUUGACAUUUUGCUUAGUAUCUUCUUUCUUCCCACCAUUCUCCUCAAAGCCUGUGAAUUGUGUCAAGCUCAGAGGUGGGAAAAGAUUGACCCUGUGCCCCAAGCAAAUUGCUGAGGAUAGCCCUGCUGCAAGAAGUCCUUGAGAAGAUCUGGUCAACUGUCUAUAUAUGUUGUUUAACUUCACUGCACAAAGCCUUUCUAUCACACAUCUCUCCAAUCACAUAACUCUUCAAAUUCAGGAUCAUUGGUCCCACACUCAUACUUCUGUGUAAGGCUGUAACCCUACUCUUCUGCACUUCUAUUGCUCCAUAUUUUUAAAAUAAAAAUUAUAAAAUAAAAUUUGCAUUUCAUGUAUAGUUAAUUAAAAAAACAAGUACUUCUAAAAAUUAUGGCCUUGAGAAUAGUGAGGAGGAGGAGGAGGGAGGAGGAGAAGAGGUGAAUCCUGCCUCCUGCCAUCACUUCAGUGUUGCCAAGUGAGUAUAGAAGCAGAAUGGCCCCAUCAAUUCAGGUAGGUGAAAGAAACAUGGUGUGAUUGGCAACUAUUGAUGGUUUCUCCCCAUGAAUAGCAGGGAAAAGGUUAACCAUGGGGAGGAGGCAGAUUGUCAAUGAGAGGUGCAUGGUGUUGCAUGAUAGGUAACAGCACCAAAGGUGACAGUCCUGCUUCAAUGCCAGUUUGCCUCCUUCGUGCACUAAAGACCAACGUUUCUUGCUUAAAUACAUUUUCAAAAUGGUUUUUAUUUGAUUUUUUCCAGAGUCCUGGGGAAAGAUUUUCUUUAAAAAGAAAAAGAAGAUGGGGUAGGCAACGUCUUUUCUAUAAUAACAAACUACUCAACAAGAGAACUGAUAAUUUCCUAAAGAUUUUCAGGUUUCCUUCAUUGACAGUUUGGGAGCAGAGGCCAUGUAUUGGUUGUGCUGCGAUGGAUUUCACAAAUCUGCAGGACAUUCAGCUCAGUGACCUUUGAGAUUACCUCCAACUCUAAGCCCAUGCUUGUUUUUCUCACCAAUGAUUGCCCAGAAUCAACUUCUCUUAUCUGAGAUGGGGGUACAGAAGACUAAGCACCGGUAGCCUUACAAAAGCAAAACACCUCUCUGUGGAUCUCCUUACUAAAUACUCUACUUCAGCCCUUCCAACACUGCCUAUAGGUCUAGCCCCCCUCCACCCGCCAGCAAAUAUUCCUAUUUCCUGGAAAACCCUAACGAUGGAAUGAUUAUUCAUUCAAAAUCAAACUGAAAUGCAAUGUCACCUUUUGGACAGUUUGACGUGACAUUAUCUCCACUGGCAGGCUAGACCUUGAGAUUGUCAUCCCACCAUCAUGGAAGAGUGAGUCAGCUUUUUGCUUUGUGCACCUGGCUUUGGAUAUGGUCCCAGCUAGUGCUCUAUAUCAUCUUAUCACUGCCUUUCUUUUUCCUGUUCAUUUCUAAAAUGAAAGGACUGUGAAACCUGUAGAUAAUUCUUUCUUUCUUUCUUUUUGCAUCAGCACAAUUAAGUUAUAAGGGAUUUGUCCUUCACCCUUCAAAUCUGAUUGACUUGGCAGACAUCUGUCGGAUGUUCUGCAGACUGCAAGCAGACCACUUGUGGUGUGAGAGAUUCGUGUUGGGUCUCUUGCUAAAGAGCAAAUACAGCAGCGCUGUAUUUUGGUGCAGAUAUUCAGUAGAGCAGAAAGAGAAGCACACCCACCUACCUACUGCUAAUCAUUCUCAGUCAGUAACCAGUAGGGCUGAAUGAAUCCAUCAGUUUUAAUUUCUCUCUACCUCUUAUCUCUUUUUGUUGUUGUUGUAGUUUUAAAUUAUUUCUGUUCACUUUUGUGUUUUGUUUAAAGUUGACAUACAAAUUAUAUGCAUAUUUGUGCAAAUGUCUCCCAAUGUGCAUUUCUGUGCACAAUUUUGGUAACUGUGUAGUCUUUGGCAAUCAUGUUUUAUAAUGUAAUGCAUUUUCAAAUAUUAUUUUUCACUGAGACAUACAUUUUUGUGUACAAUUUCCAAAUAUAUUUCAAAAUAUAGCACAGCCUGCACAUGAUUUCAAAAAAAGCAAAAUUAAGUAUUUUCAUCUUAAAACACAAAUGUAAUGCUGCUGAGGUGCUGAACUUGCUGACCAAAAGGUCGGCAGUUCAGAUUUGGGGAGUGGGGUGAGUUCCCGCUGUUAGCCCCAGCUUCUACCAACCUAGUAGUUUGUAAACAAGCAAAUGUGAAUAGAUCAAUAGGUACAGCUCAGGUGAGAAGGUAAUGAUGCUCCAUACAGUCAUGCCAGCCACAUGACCUUGGAGGUGUCUAUGGACAACGCUGACUCUUCGGCUUAGAAAUGGAGAUGAGCACCAACCCGCAGAGUCAGACACGACUAGACUUAAUGUCAGGGGAAAACCUUUACCUCAACAAACUUCUCCCUAUGAAAUUUGCGUCAAAAGGUGACUUGAAGGUGCAUACAUGCACACAGGUUUUGCUCUGUUUAGACCAGACCUAGACCACAAUACCAUGUCAGCAGGAAUUACUCUGAGCAUCUCUUUCCUCAUGUUAUGCCAAAUUGCUGAACCUGAAGCUAAACCCACUCCUGACCAGUGUCGUCUCAUCUAGCCCUCUGUUGUUUAGUUGUCUAGUUGGAGACUCAUCCUACCAACCAAACACUUCCCUUCCCUUUACCCUCAAAAGUCUGGCAAGUGAGAACACAUAGCAAAGUCUAGUAAAAGGGUACAUGAUGGUAUAGGGGCAAUGUAGGGGUAUGCAGUUAUGGGUUUUUUCCCCAAGACUAAAUUAGUGAAAAUGUCUAUUGAAGCCUCCCUUCUGCGGUCACCAAAUUGCAUGAGAAAAAAUAUUUCAAGUUAUAUUAAAUUUUGUGACACAAUUGUAUAUAAGUCAGGGAGGGGGGAAACAUCAUCAGAGGCACAGUAUUUCUUUGCCAGUCUUGAAUGUAGUUCCUACCUCAUAUUCCCAGUUUGUUUGUUUGUUUUAAAAAAGGACAAAGCACAAUACAAUAGUCCUUCUUUGCAUGAUUGCUUGCAAUUCAUAUCAAAAGCUAAAAUCUGCAUUUCAGCUAGAUGUGUUGCUUUUGUUAAAGCUGUUACUGAACAUUUACAACCAAGAGUAAACCACCAAGUAACUACGUCUGGGUAAGUGGGUAACUAUGCUCUGGAUUGGGUACUAUUUAAUGUACUGCUAUAUUUUGGGAUUAUUCACUCCUCUUUGCAUAUUCACCUAUCUGUUUCCGUUUCUCUGUCUCUGUCCGUCCCCAUAUGAAAAAUAAAAUAUAUUUAAA